UGAAUUCGCCUUGGAUUGUUUUUUGACGUGCUUUGCUUUGACAAUUUUAGUUUUCUGUUUUGUAUAUUGUCAUUCGGUCAAUACGCAAAGAACGUAAUUUCAUUUAUUUACGUUCUCUACACUGCUGAAGCACGAAAACUGCGAUAACAAUUGAAAAGACGCAGAAAUUUUAUAAAUGUAAUUAAAAGAAUAUUACUGCAUAUAUUUGAGUGAUUUGGGCGACAUAUUAAAUUAAAGCUAUCUAAUUUAUAAGUAAUUUACUUGCAAAAUAAUAAGUUCAUGUAAAAUGUGCAAGUAAAAUUUUAGGUGUUGCUUACAAAGCAACGUGAUUCGUAUAGAUUUCUAGGAAUACCAACUGACAAUUUGUUCAACUGCUGUAUCUUAUAAAGAAAUCUACAGAGUAACAAGUUUGUGGCGUCGGUGGGACGAUCUGCCAUUCACAGAGUGUUUAAAGAGCUGCUUUGAAGAUAAACCAAUACGGAAAUCAAAAUGUCUCCUCUGUCCUGCCCCACGGAGUCUAUUGACUUUUGGAGGAAUGAACUGCCUCAGAGUGCGGAAGUUAGCUGUCUUAUGCCAAAUGGCAUAAUCAUAUUAAUAGUGUUUCCCAUCAACUCGACAAUAAGGGAAAUUAAAACGGAAGUAAUUCGACAAGCGAAAAACUUUCCCUUAUGCCAUUUAAUUAAAGACCCAUGUGACUAUGAAGUAAGCGGCAUUUCGAAUUUUGCCAAUGUGGAUUGUUUUAGUGAUGAAACAAAACGAUUAUCUGAAAUUCAACCAUUUUUUUGCCUAUUGCGCUUGGGUGAACGCACAGAAACUUCAACAAUAUCCAGUGAUUAUGAACUAUCCAAAUUAGUAAGUAAUAUGAUUGGAAAGUCAUUUGAAGAGUAUAGUGCGCAGCGUACUCCCGAGGUGGAUGAUUUUCGUCGCAAAUUGUCUCAUUUAUGCGACAAAAUGGAACAGGUACGAUCCCGCUUCACAUGGUCAGAGAAGUUACUCUACGAACACCCAAUGCGUGUUGCAAAUACCCCAGUAAUGCCCGAGCUGAUACGUAAACGGUUAGGUGGUACAAGUUUUUUAAUUGUUGUCAAAUUGGAGAAUGACGAAGGCUCCUAUACAAUUCCCGUUAGUGAACACGACACUUCGAGCACAGUGAUUGAGUCUGCAUUAAUGAAGAUGCAGCGUUCUCAAAUAAGGGUUGGUGAUCGGCCAUCAGACUAUAUAUUGAAAGUGCGCGGGCGAGAUGAGUUUAUAUUUGGUGAAUAUCCCCUUAUCCAGUUUAUUUACAUACAGGAAAGUCUUUCUGGAUCUGAUGUACCUAAUGUGGUUUUAAAACCUAUUCACACUUUACAAUCAUACAUAAACUACAAAAACGAUUUGAGCUUUCCUUAUAAACGAGCACGGAAGACAGAAAAUAAUUCCUUAACUGUCCUUAAUACUCAGAACCAGUGUCAAGACCAAAAAAUCAUUUCAUCAUGGGAUAUUGAAAAUCCAUUUAGAUUGAGUUUACAUCAAAUAGAGAAUGUAAACUGCGAUCUCUCUCGUGCUAUAAAGGUAGGCGUACACGUUGGUCUUUUUCAUGGCGAUCGCCGCCUUUGUGCGCAGCAAUCAAUUGAAAUCGCUAUUAGCAACAAUCGUUCAUUUACAUUUGAUAAAGAUAUCUCAUUUGACAUUCAAAUUAAAAACUUACCCCGAAUGGCUCGCCUAUGUAUGGCCAUAUAUGAAGUAACAAAAGCAUCGCGCUCCAAAAAGUCUUCAAAUACAAGUCGCGACAAUAUCUACAAGGAAGCAAACACAUAUGUGAAUAACAAUCCAUUGGCUUGGGUUAAUACGACUGUGUUUGAUUAUAAGCAUCAAAUGCGUUCUGGAUGUUUAGCACUGUAUACAUGGACUUACGCAGAUGAUAUACAGUCGGAUGAGAUAUUACAUCCCCUAGGGACAAUUGAGCCAAAUCCCCGAAAAGAUGGUUGUGCUAUAGUAAAGCUAUCAUUUGAUAGUAAUGGCUGUGAAAAUAUUCAAUUUCCAUCUAUGGAGGCGAUGCUGAAAUAUGCGGGAGAGCUAGACUACAAUGAAUCUUUUAAUAAAGAAAAAAUAAAUGAUAAUGUCAAGCCGAUAAGUUCUAUGCUAUCACAGUAUCUCCGUAUUGAUAAAGUAUACGAAAUGCAUGAUCAAGAUCGUAAUGCUCUAUGGUCGCGAAGGUAUGAAAUUUUAGCCGAAGCACCUGAAGAGUUGUCAACUUUAUUACACUGUGUUAAUUGGAAUGAGCGUGAUGAAGUUGCAGAGACUUGGAGGCUCUUGCAACAAUGGCCUACAAUUUCAGUUGAAAGAUCGCUUGAAUUGCUUGACUAUGCGUAUCCAGAUCCAGCAGUGAGAAGUUUUGCUAUACGUUGUCUUCGGUUUUUAAGAGAUGAGGAACUCCUUCUGUAUCUCUUACAAUUGGUACAGGCUAUGAAGCACGAGUCUUACCUAGAUUGUGAUUUAGUAACUUUUCUUCUGGAACGUGCUUUACGAAACCAACGAAUCGGCCAUUAUUUUUUUUGGCAUCUACGUUCCGAAAUGCAAACACUCUCUAUGCAGACCCGUUUCGGAUUAUUACUCGAAGGGUAUUUGAAAGGCUGUAAGCCGCAUGUGCCUCAUCUUUGCAAGCAACUUAAAGUAUUAGAUGCACUUAAAGCUGGUUCUUUGAUCGCCAAAAAGGGUAGCAAAGAAAAGGGUAGAAAGGAGAUGCAAGAUUUUUUUUCAAGACAAAGCAAUAGUAGUAUAUUUCAAAGCAUACAAAACCCAUUGAAUCCAAGUUUUCGUUGCAAAGGCAUACAACCUGACAAAUGUAAGGUAAUGGAUUCGAAAAUGAGGCCACUUUGGGUUGUGUUAAAAAAUGCUGAUCAAAGCUGUAAUGAUAUUUAUAUAAUUUUCAAAAAUGGAGAUGAUCUACGGCAGGAUAUGUUAACGCUGCAAAUGCUACGUGUCAUGGACCAAUUGUGGAAGAAUGAGGGAAUGGACUUUCGAAUGAAUAUAUAUAACUGCAUUAGCAUGGAACGUCGUCUAGGAAUGAUCGAAGUAGUGCUAAAUGCGGAAACAAUCGCCAAUAUACAGAAAGAAAAAGGUAUGUUUUCCGCAACUUCACCUUUUAAAAAGGGUUCCCUAUUUAGCUGGUUGAAGGAAUAUAACCGCACUGACGAAGAAAUGAACAAAGCAAUAAACGAAUUUACCUUAAGUUGCGCUGGAUAUUGUGUUGCCACGUAUGUUUUGGGCGUGGCAGACCGACACUCAGACAACAUUAUGGUCAAACGUAAUGGACAGCUUUUCCAUAUUGAUUUUGGCCAUAUUCUUGGCCACUUCAAAGAAAAAUUCGGCGUACGUCGGGAACGUGUUCCUUUUGUCCUAACACAUGAUUUUGUAUAUGUUAUAAGUAAAGGACGUAAUGAUCGAGACUCUGAAGAAUUUUUGUAUUUUCAGAAUAUGUGUGAAAAGGCAUUUCUAGUACUCCGAAGGCAUGGUUGCCUUAUAUUAUCCCUAUUUUCAAUGAUGAUAUCAACUGGACUGCCCGAACUAUCAUCGGAAAAGGAUCUAAAUUACUUAAAAGAAACUUUAGUCCUCGAUUACACUGAGGAUAAAGCUCGUGAACAUUUUCGUUCAAAGUUCAGCGAAGCUUUAGUCAACUCAUGGAAGACAUCAUUGAAUUGGGCUUCACAUAAUUUUUCGAAAAAUAAUAAACAGUAA